AUGUUACCAAAAUGUACUUCUUCUGCCGCUAAUAGACUUCCAAAUAAAAAUGGAAAUGUGGAAAUUUUUCUCAACAAGAGAGGUGAUGGAGAACUUGUAUCCUCCAUGCUUUUAUCGAUGGCUACUUGUCCUUCUGUCGACUCUUCAAUUUCUAAUAGACGCCCAUUUUCUGCUCCAACAGAUGCUUAUACUUCUACAAAUGUUAAAAAAUCUAAAGAUUUGUGGUUGUCUGCGGAUUGGAGUGGGGGAAACGAAAAGACUAAAUUUUUGGACAAUUUGAGUCCUUUGAGGCAGAGACGAAAAAUCAUUCAAGCAAAUUCUGGUGAAUUAAUUAAAGCUAUUGGGUAUUUUAUUUGUCAACAUUGUUGUUGGUAUGGAUUGCAUGAACAGUUUGAACCGGCACAUUUGGGGACUUGGUAA